AUGUGCAUCAAGAAACGAGGUGAGGAGUUCUGCAAGAAGCUGCAGCUGGCGUGCUUCGAGCUGAUGAAGUUGCCGAUCGGCGUGGCCGGUAAAAACGGUGAACCACAACUGCCUCAACCGGUACUCUUCUGUAUCUCAUCGGAGAAUUGGAUGGCACAAUGCUUUAUGAGGUAUGGCGAGGGCAAUUGUAUGGCGUGGAGGAGUGUAUGCAUGGAAAAAUACUCGAAGGUGGCUGGUGAGCUGAGUGACUCUGAGAAGGAGUGCAUCAAGAGCCAGACCGUAAUCCACAAAUGUGUACUGAAAUACAACGCAAAAUUCUGCUAUAAGAUCAUCGCGGUGUGCAGUGACAUCUAUAAAGUACCCUAUACGGAAGGACCAGUGCAGAAACUGCCUCCGACGGUCGUGUCGUGCUUGUAUUCAGAGAACGUGGUGGUAUUGUGUCGUGCGAAACACGGUGUGACCUUCUGCAAGAGACUCGGCACUGCUUGCUCGAAACUGACGCAUGUCACACUGCCGGACUUUACCACGGAUGUGAGCAUCACAAUGCCGGUGGUGAUUGCGACGUGUAUUAGAGAGGAGAAUUACAUCGCGACACUGUUCGUGGAAUUCGGUUUCCAGAAAGUGGAGAGUUGGGUGAGCAGAUGCAAGAUAACGCAGAUAACGAGCGGUGCGAUUACGGUGGUGCAGAAGGAGUGCCUGCAGAAAUUGUCGGUGGAACCAGACCCACGAACGGUUUGCGUGCAGAAGUACGGCAACGAAUUCUGCUCGUUACUCAUCGAGGCAUGCUUCAAGAUCAAGAACAUUCGACUGAAGGGAAGUGUGAUCUGCCCGUCGUGUGUACUGCCUGAACCGGUGUUCGAGUGUAUCUCGAAAGAGGAAUUCGUAGCGAUGUGUUACGCGAGAUACGGAAUACCACGUUGUUUGGCUUACAUGGAAGAGUGCGGUGUGGCCGGAAAGGAGGGCCAGAUGAUAGGUGCAAAGGACUGGCAGUGCAUUCAGAAACGUAUGCUUUUUCGGCCUUUUCUUACCAUUUUUUGGAAAAUUGUUCAGAAUUUUUCAAUUUUUUGGAGACUUGUUCAGAAUUUUUCUCAUUUUAUGAGCUGUCAGUUUCACUUGGGAAGACGAGACUUAAGGCGUGGGGAUUUCGGGAAAAAUAUCUUUGAAUUGGUGACGUUUCAGUGCAUGAAAUGCCGGAUCCGAUGGUGA